CGCCGCCGGAAGUGCCUGCCGCGGGGGCCGCCGGGACGGCUCCGCCCCUCUCCUGGCGGCCGGCCGGAUCCCAUCGGGCGCCGCGCGGGGUCAGCGGGGUCAGGCGCGCGGUAGCUGCGCGGCCCCGGCGAGCACAGGAUGUACACGCUGCUGUCCGGGCUGUACAAGUACGUGUUCCAGAAGGAUGAGUACUGCGUCCUGAUCCUGGGUCUGGACAAUGCUGGGAAGACGACCUUCUUGGAGCAGUCAAAAACCCGGUUUAACAAGGACUACCGGGGCAUGAGUCUCUCCAAAAUCACCACCACCGUGGGGCUCAACAUUGGCACUGUCGACGUGGGGAAGGCUCGCCUCAUGUUCUGGGACUUAGGAGGGCAGGAAGAGCUGCAGUCUCUGUGGGACAAGUACUAUGCGGAGUGCCAUGGUGUCAUCUAUGUCAUCGACUCCACGGACGAGGAGAGACUGUCGGAAUCCAAGCAAGCUUUCGAGAAGAUGGUCGCAAGUGAGGCUCUGGACGGCGUCCCCAUCCUGGUGCUGGCCAACAAGCAGGACGUUGAGCCCUGCCUCUCUAUCCCCGACAUCAAGACGGCCUUCAGCGACUGCAUCUCCAAGAUCGGCCGGCGGGACUGCCUGACCCAGGCCUGCUCGGCCCUCACCGGCAACGGCGUGCGCGAGGGCAUCGAGUGGAUGGUGAAGUGCGUCGUGCGGAACGUGCGCCGGCCGCCGCGGCACCGGGACAUCACGUAGGCGCGGCCUGUGCCCAGCAGCAGGGUUCCUGCCGGUGCCAGCCACCGUCCUGGGGUGGGGUUGGCUUCGCCUUUUUCUGAACACAAACUUUUCUCUGCACCCAGAGGCUUUUGCAGAAUGUUGGGCGCAGUGGGCCUUGGGGCGGCUCGGCAUGACAUGCCCACUGCGCCCGGGGCGAGGCUGGAGGGGACCUGCGGGAAAGUGGGCUUUUCCCUCAGCGCUGGGGCCCGGUGAUCCUGGAGUGGGCUGGGAGCUGGCCUGCCCUUGAGGGAGACCUGGCCCACAUCCCCCAAGGCCAGCAGGGCUAAACGUGUGCAAAGUGGAGGUGGGCAGUGUGGCUCCUGUCUAUUGUCCCUCCAGGCGCCUGAGGCUGGGUUGUGGACACCCAACAGUACAGUGACCACAGCACAAGGCGCUCCCCCGCGCUGCCUUCCUGCUUCUGUGGGAAUGGCCUGGCCACAGCCAGAGACCUGGUGGCUUCGUGUCCUAGAGUCAGGUUCCUCCAGACUGUCCGCUCUCUUCAGUGGGGGCCUGAGAGAAGUUGUUGGGAAAAGGGAUGAGUUGGGGGGAAGGGGGGGACGACGACACGGGGACCCAGCUGCAGGCGGUGACUCAUGAGGCGUCCUGGACUGUGAGGUCCCAUCCUUCCCGCAGGGCCCCUCGGGUUCAAGCAGGGGCUCCUGGGCCCGUGGGGAGGGGAGGGGAGCCAGGGCUGGACGGCCCAGUCCACGCCCCUCUUGCACUGGAACAGUCGGCCCCAGAGGGAAGAGCCGUUUCCCAGAAUGUACACUGGCCUCGGGGAGAUGUUUGGCUGGUCCCUCCUGGGAAGUCCCCUGCCAGUUGAGGCGUGGGUGGAACUCGAGGGAGGGAGGGGCCAGUCUCUUGGGUCCUGUUCCACAGCGGAGCGGAGCCCUGGCCUUGGGGUGACCCCACCCAAACCCCUGGCACUGCCCCCUGCGUGCUGCUCCCAGGCCAGCCCUGAUCCACCCUCUACACUGUCCUAACCACCGAGCUCGACUGGGGGGCUCCCAGUGAGCCUCCACGUCCCCUGCUGUGCCCCACAGCUGGAAGGGGCGUACCUACCACCCACUCGCCACCUCCCACGACCCUCCCCCAUCGAGGGUCUGUCCCAGGGCAUGAGGUAACCUGAGGACUAGGGAAGCACCGGCGCCACCCAGGUGUUUCCCCACCAGGUGUCUCCACCGGCUUCUGAGCAGACACCUCAUUCAACUGUACACGAGUUUUACAAAACUGCUUUAUAAAAAAUAAACAUCAUCAGCGUGA